UUUUCGUCAGGCCACGUACUACUUUAGUCUUGGAACGGAUAGCAUAUUAAUAUCCGAGUAGUUCAUGGCAUUGACAUCGGACUCGACAAAUGAGGUGCUCAGCGUCCUUACCUACAGCCGACCAGACUUUCGUACAGAAGUACUGGACCUAAUUCCGUACGGAAUUUCGGACAAUUAUCUGUCCCCUCCAACAAGAUCUCUCGGGACGCUAGGUGUCCUUCCGAUUGAGCUCUUCGACUUGAUUUUCCGUUCAGCGGACUUGCGCGCUGUCGCAUCGUUCCAGCUUGUUAACAAACGCGCCAGAAUAAUCGUCCGCUCAUCCAUACCCUACAAAUACUUGCUUCUUCAUUCCCCCAGCGCGCUCUGUGCUUUAACUCGGUCAACUGCAUAUUUCACCGUCGGUCAGCUUUACAACGUACUAUGCAGCAGCACAUGCAGCGUCUGUAAUCAGUUCGGCGGCUUCAUAUGGCUUCCUGCAUGUAAGCGAUGCUGCAUGCCUUGCCUCAGGGAGUCUCCGCAGUUGAGACCCAUAACGCAGCGAGAAUCUAUGGCUGCAUUGGGUCUUAGGCGAAGAGCCUUGCCAGAUGAUCCUGGAACAUCUCAUAUCGGACUCGGGGAGAGACCGCUUAGAAACGCGCUGCAUCAGAAGAGCGGCUAUAGGACUGUCGGAACCCCCUCGACGCAGCAAUCUGCUGUGAAUUUUACCGGCGGCUCCAGCGUUCAGUUCUCUUCAGCGACGUUUCUCCCAUAUCUCGACCGCUCUACGGGCACACUCCAUUAUGGAGUAUCGUGUCGUGGCUGUGAUUGUGCAUAUCAGACUGCCAUGAAUGAUCCUGACGUCUCAUACGUCGAGCGCAUGGCGUUGUUUAGGCGCAGAGACCUAACUUACUCUCUUGACGGGUUUCUCUUCCAUCUGGAGACGUGUUCAGAAGGAAAGACCUUAUGGUCGAGAUCAGAUGCAUAAAGCCAAGACUUACGGAGCUUCAUAGGCCACUUUGCGACCUCCCCGCCACCUAAACUGCGAUUCCAGCUGGUCUUCGUGUUUCGCUUGUGCAGGGAUUGGACCUGAGAAUCGGAUUAGUUUGACCGAGGGGGUCCGAGGGACGGUUAGUUGCUAAUGGAUUAAAUCCAAGGUACGAAAGCGCUCAAUCCAGUACUUGCAACCCGAACUCCAGCUCUGUGAGGCGGAAGAGGGUAUUUCAUAUUGCUGCUAUAGAAGCAAUAAC